CCGUCCACUCAUUCCGGGAAAAGAUCUUGGAACGUUCGGUUCCACAGAAGUUGGUCUUUGUUCAGCGUGCUCAUGGCAGGAGGAAGAAGAAGAAGAAGAAGAACAAUCGUCGUCGUCCUCGUCGUCUAAUCCAAUCCAACCUUCGCUGCAAUGGGCACUGCGGUGACGUCGCCUCUCUGGUCGCUAGGCCCUUCGUCGCCCGCGCUCACGUCGUCGCGGAAGCCACGCAACCUCAACACCUCCUCCUCCUCCUCCUUCGCUCCUCGAGACCCUGCGGGAAGAAGUGGCAGAAGACCGAGGCUCGUCGCCGUCCGUUGCGGCGACUCCGCGACCAUAGCCCCUUCGGCUGCGAGUCCGAGCGACGGCGGUGUGCUGGAGGCGAGCGUGAUAAAGGGCAAGUGCCGAAAGUGGCAAUGGCAGGGUCAGUACUCCAUCAACUACUUCGUCUCCGAUUCGGAUCCCUCGGCUUCGCCUCCCGGUUCGAAGCCUCCCCUGCUUCUCGUCCACGGCUUCGGCGCCUCCAUUCCUCACUGGCGCAGGAAUAUUAGCAUUCUGGCCCGAAAUUACACUGUCUAUGCCAUUGAUCUUCUUGGAUUUGGUGCUUCAGACAAGCCAGCCGGUUUUAGAUAUACAAUGGAAACAUGGGCUCAGCUGAUACUGGAUUUCUUGGAAGAUGUCGUUGGAAGGCCAACUGUUCUGGUGGGAAAUUCUGUUGGAAGUCUUGCUUGUGUAAUUGCUGCCUCAGAAUCUAGAAAAAACCUGGUCCGAGGGCUCGUCCUGCUGAACUGUGCUGGUGGCAUGAACAACAAGGCCAUUGUAGACGAUUGGAGGAUAAAACUGCUCUCACCGCUGCUUUGGUUCAUUGACUUUUUAUUGAAGCAACGAGGAAUUGCUUCUGCAAUUUUUGGGCGUGUCAAGGAGAAGGAUAACCUGAGGAAUGUUCUACUGUCUGUAUAUGGAAAUAAGGAAGCUGUGGACGACGAAUUGGUUCAGAUAAUCAAGGAACCAGCAGACGAUGAUGGGGCUCUGGAUGCUUUUGUCUCCAUUGUGACGGGACCACCUGGACCAAAUCCCGUGCAACUGAUGCCGAACAUCUCGUUGCCUGUUCUCGUUCUGUGGGGCGACCAAGACCCCUUUACUCCGAUCGACGGGCCUGUUGGUAAAUACUUCUCUGCUUUGCCUUCUAAACUUUCUAAUCUUAGCCUCGUUCUUUUGGAAGGGGUAGGACACUGUCCUCAUGAUGACAGACCCGAUUUAGUUCACGACAAAUUACUUCCGUGGUUGGAUUCCCUUACUGCCUCAUGAGUGGUAGCUUCAAUGGCAAUCUCCCUCCUCUUUGCAGCAGAUGGUUGCAUUUUUUUUUGCACAAAAUCACUUCUGUUUAUUUUGGAUACUUUUCUUCUAUUUGGAAAUUUGCACAGAAAGAGCAAUCGCUUUAGCUCCUUUGUGUCCUCUAUCUAUCUUCCAUGGCGACUUGUCCUGAAGGAAGGAGAAUCAUCCUAUCUUUCUGGAAAAGAAUAUAGGUUUUCACUCUCUCUUAAACCUGGUGAGAUUUGUAGAUCAUGACUAGUCAACCAAUGUCACACUAUUAAUUUUCCGGUUGAUUGUUGGAAAUGUAAAGCGUGUUUCCUUGUAUAUAUAUUAUCAAGUUUACAUUUUCACUACAAUUUUGGCAGAAUGAAUGGAAAAUUUAUAGCUUGUGAA